ACUUCAUAUUCCUAGUAAACAGCUGUUACAUGGCGUUGACGGACUUGUAGUUCAUGAUUUAAUGAAAUGGUGCCGAAAUUCAUGGUUAAUUUUCGUGGAUAAUUAAAUUCAGGAAAUUGUGUUUAAACAGAUAAUUUUAAUCCAAAUUCAUGAAAUGAUUUCGUGAAUUAGCCUACACAUAAACGCAGUAACACAAACAUUCCAUGAUGAUGUCGUGAAUUUGCUUACCCGUAAACGUAGUAACACAAACAUUCCAUCAUAAUUGACGACCAAUGUGCUGAAGGCCUAAGGUGUUCAAUAUCAAACGUCUGGUAGUGUUAUGCGGUAUUUAUAAAAACAAAACAUAGCAGUUUGACUUGCAACGGGUUUUCAUACGUUUCCUGUGUUUCGCGUUUGCCUCUUCUAAAUUCAUUUAAAUAAAAUAUAAGGAGAGCUACUAUCAAAUUGCAUAAUGUUUAUGGUUAAUUGCAACAGAUGCUUUCGGCCAAAAACUGUAGAGAAUCCAAACAGGUUCUUUAUAGCCAAAUGUAGUCACAUCUUUUGCCAAGAAUGCUUGCCAAACAGGCAAUGCCAUGUCUGCAACGCGCUCUACGACGCCAAAGCUAUCGACGCCAAUAUGCCCAAAGCAAUGGCAGAAUAUUUCGAUCGACCGGAGAAAGCAUUUCGUAAGUUCCAAAAGAUACUACAAUUCCAAAUAUCGCAGGACGCAUUGAACGCUCAUUAUUGGGUAAAUUUUAUGCCACUUCAAGUUCAAGAAGAGACGAGGAAACUGAAAGGUAUGCUAAGGAUCUAUACACAUUUGGAUGAUAAAUUAGCGCACGAAACGAAGCGAAUUGAGAAAUUGAAAGCUUAUAUAUCAUAUAAAAAGCAAAGUUUCAAAGAGCUGAGUCAAGGCCAUCUGCGUCCGGGCCGGGGCCGUUCAUCAGCGAUUCCAUCAUGCAGAAGAUAUAGAACUGAAAGUGAAAGUAUUAAAUCUCCAACAAUAAGCACCUUAUCUGACGUAACCUUGUCCAGUGGCAAUUGCACAAGAUCUACAGAUUUGAGCAAACACAGUGAUCCAUUUUCUGAUCGUGGUCGACGUGAUUUUACUAUGUAAUCUUCAUAAAAUGAGCGCUUGAAACAUACAUACAUAUGUAUUUACAUAUAUAUGUUU